ACUAUUAGUAAACGACCUAGUUAACGACCUAGUUAACGACCCAGUUAUCAACCCAGUUAAUGACCCAGUUAACAACCCUUUUAACAACCCAGUUAAUGAACCUUUUAACAACCCAGUUAACAACUCUUUUAACAACCCAGUUAACAACCCAGUUAAUUUACCUGUUAACAUACCUGUUAACAUACCUGUUAAUAUACCAGUUAAC